AUAUGCUUUACUUCCACCAAACUCUCUCUCUCUCUCUCUCUCUCUCUCUCUCUCCCUCUCUCUAUCUCUAAAAAGCAAAGCAGAGCAGAGCAGAGCAAACAAACACAAAACAGAAGCAUAAAAACUAGAGAUCAUGGGGAGGCUUGCACCAUUGUCAGAAGAGCCCAAUAUCAACGAAGAAGAAGAGGCCACAAACCGAUCAAGCAAAGGCAUUCUGCGCAGCACUCAGACAUGGAGGAACUGGAUCAAAACCCACCUCUCAUCCCUUGUGCUCUUCAACAAGAGGUCUGAUUUCAAGGUUCUUCUCAGUGUUCUUGGUUGCCCUCUUUUCCCCGUCUCUGCGCACCCCAAACUGCCCCUCAAUGAGGUGUCCUCUACUGCACAGUACAUAAUACAACACUUCACAGCUGCCACUGGUUGCCGCAAGCUGGAAGGCAAAGUCAAGAACAUUUUUGCAACCGGGAAAGUGAUCAUGGCAAUGGUGGAUGAACCCGGCCCUGGCGGCGCCUCAGCUUCGGGCACCGCCGCACUUUCGGAAAAAGGGUGCUUUGUAAUGUGGCAGAUGGUUCCUAAUAAGUGGCUGAUUGAGCUAGUUCUGGGUGGUCACAAGGUAGCAGCUGGUAGCGACGGCAAUGUCGCUUGGCGCCACACGCCGUGGCUAGGCGUGCAUGCUGCCAAAGGCGGUGUUCGUCCUCUCCGGCGAGCUCUCCAGGGACUAGAUCCAAUGGCAAUAUCAGCUGUGUUUUCCCCGGCACAGUACAUGGGGGAAAAGCAAAUCUCGGGCGUUGAUUGCUUCGUCUUGAAAUUGUCAGCUGAUCAAACGGACCUAACUGAACGAAGUGAUAGCACAGCAGAGAUGAUCAAACAUGUAAUAUUUGGCUACUUCAGCCAAAGAAACGGGCUGCUAGUGUACUUAGAGGACUCUUACUUAACCAGGAUCCAAUCACCUGGAGCCUACCCUACCUACUGGGAGACCACAAUGUCAACGAAAAUUGAGGACUAUCGAACGGUGGAGGGCGUGAUGAUCGCGCACGCCGGUCAGACGAAUGUGAUCAUCACGCGGUUCGGGGACAAUCUAAAGACGGGGGCUGCGAUCACGCGGUUGGAAGAAACAUGGACCAUUGAUGAUCUUGCGUUCAACGUCCCUGGAUUGUCCAUGGAUUGCUUCAUUCCUCCUAAAGAAGUACAGAAAGAUUACCCUAAGAAGAACUUUGAUUGGAGAUCACCGUUGCAUUGAUGAUGAUGAUGAUGAUGAUGAUGAUGAUGUUGAGUUGAUAAAAAAGGAUUUGGCUAUUUUGACCUCCCAAAUGGCUAUAUGAUAUCCUUCCAUGCCUUAUGUGAGAUAGACAGUUGAAUAUAUUUUUGACUCUUCUCAUACAAAGGAUUAAGUGUAGAUACACUUAUUCUCAAACAUAUAUUUCUUUUGUAUAUCUUUAUUUUUAUUUUAUUUUAGGAAAGAUCUGAGAAGUCAACUUCCUCAUCGGAUACAAGGUCUUAAGAUAAUGGUACACCUUUGACUUUUACUAGUAAAGUGAAGACUAAAUGCAAUAGAUUUGAGAUUUUAGGAGA